AGACGCAAUUAAGAUCAUCAGGAAUAUUCUAUUGCUAUGCGCAAAGUACAUGCGCGGUCAGCCAUGGCAACGAUUGCUACAACAAUCCGUCCCCUAAGCAAUACCCCCGGGCCCGGCGUAACUUAGAUACUUUGAUAACAUAGAAAUUUUACCUAGAUAUGAACCACAGGUGUAGUGUAUUUACAAAUGCUUGCCUUAAACUUCCAGUGGAUGCAGUCAGUAAAAUGCCUAAGCCCGACUAUGAGAGAAAAACAAGUUUGACCACACAGAACUCCAUUGAUUCAUCUUCUACUUGUUCUGUGAAUAUUGUAAAUGUAGAUACCGAGAAAAUAAAGGAUUUCUAUCGCUCCAUACCUGAUUACAAUGAAAUAAAUCAUCUUCCAACUGAAGAAUUCUAUUCUACGUUAAGAUCUCUAAGACAAAAGAAAAAAGUUAUGCUAGAAUAUGCAGUGGAUUCAAUAGAUGAUUGCAAUGGAGAUAAUUUCAAAGUAAAAGAGGAAGCUUACAUCAAUCAGACUAAAAUCACUGAUAAGCCAGUUAAAUCGCAUUAUACUGGCACACUGAGGCGAAAAUACUGCAGAGAAGAGGAUAAGACGUCAGAGUUCAAUGGAGCUGCAAGAAUGAAUGGAAGACGUGUAUCAGAUUGUUCCAAUAAAAACCUCACUGUAUCUUCUCUGAAGCAACCGUCUAAAAAGCUGACUGUUACUAACAUCGAAGUAAAAAUAGAUGACGAUCUUAAACUCCCAGUUAAAAGUAGUUCCAUGAAAGAAAAGACAUUGAAACCAAAAAGAAAUCAUUCCGCUUGUUCUAUAUCUUGGAACGAUGAUAAAAUAGAAAGGAAGAAUGAAGUCGAUCAGAAGUUUGAUAAGUUUUUCGAUGGAGCAGAAUAUUCUAGACUGAAGAAAGGUAACUUGGACGACGAUGAGUUCAAAACUCAGAGUAUGCCUUCUAGUCCGUUGAGGGCUAAGCGAUUUGGGUCACCCCAAAGAAGACGUAAGAGUAUAACUGUGCCGAAACCGUUUAAAAUGACUAAAAGAGACGAAGAAGUAAGGGCGGUGAACGAGCUUCGUAGCCUGCAAAAGUCUUUUUCAGAAGACAUGCUUCAUAGGAAAUGCGACCGUCAGCAAUUUCGGUCCAAACCUGUCCCUAUAGAGUCUAGGAUACCGCUCUAUGACAAAAUUCUUGAGGAUCAAGCGAUGAGACGAGCUAUAACAAAAAUCAACAGCGAAGCGGAGCUUCGUGCUAAAAUGAAGCCCUUCAGCUUCACAAAAAGGGAAGAAGGGGGAUUAGAAGCAGUUAAAGCCUGUGAACGAGCCAUACAUGCCCUGCCGAAACCGAAGAAAAAGAAAAGAUUCCGCGCAAGACCGGUGCCCAAGAAUUUGUUUUCGAACUAUUUUUACGAUAAAAUGAAGGAGGACGAGUUUUUUAGGUCAAUGAACCGUCGAAUCAGGUCAGAAGAAAUGCUCCGUAGCGCCACCCUCCCCGGUUCCAUGGCCAUGCGAGAUCGCAGCCGUCUGUCCACGCCGGCAGCACACAGUGAUCUGCCCAUCGAUCCGUCUCCUGGCAUCCCAUCUGUCAGUUCUUCUGACAGACAGAGGAGUAGGAGUCCGGAGAAGAGGUAUAGAUAUGACAAAACGGCGAAGGAAGACUUUAUCACGACAAGUCCGAAGCCGUUUCGGUUCAAUACUGCUGACAGAGCGGCUAAGAAGAUGCAAGACGUAGCCAAAAAACUGUCCCAAGAAAGUAAAAGCACGGAAAGCGUCGGUACCAGCGGUGACGUCGGAGUCAUGCGAGGGUUCUCUGCGCUGGAGCUCCGAGCUGCAGCAUCGGGCCGAUCAAACCUCGCGGCUCUUUUGAGGGCCGAGGCAGUUCGUCGACGGUUUGAGAUGGACGCGGCUAGUAGGAUGGCAGAACAGCGAAGGAUAAGGGAAAUGCGUCACAGAGAUCGCCUGCUGAGAUCUAACCCGGCUUGGACACUGGUUAAAAAUAAUGCUGAAGAAGAUAUCGCCAUGCGUCUUCAAACUCGACGUGAUGAGGAGCGAAUGAGGCGAGAGGAAUUCCUCCACGAAAUGGAACUUAUGUAUGGGAGAGUUCAGCAGCAGCCACUGCUUUUUGAGAGAUAUUACGCACCUCGAUCUCACUCGGCCCCUGUCGACUACAUACAACUCUCACCAAGGAAAACCAAGAAAAGAAGCUCACGGAGAAGUAAAACAGAACAUUUUAAUACUCCUAGCGCAUCGCGAAAAGAUUCUCUCAAUGACUACAACGGCAAUAUGAUGGAAUAUUUAAAUAGAAUAGAAAAUGAUGAAAAGUCUUACUCUAAUUCGGAAGAUGCUAUUGAUAGUUUAGACGGUAAGUAAAAAG